UACAGCUAUCAUUUCGAGUCAGUGGCUGCCGAUUGAUCGUCUCAAAACUACACUUCGGAAAAUAUUAUUGUGCUUUAAUACGAAGAUGUUUUCUCGACCGACUUUCGCACUGUUCCUCUGUGUUGUGAUACUGACCGCCUUUUCUAACGGCAAGCCGCAAAAUUCCAGCACCAAGCCUGUCGUUAAAACUAACCCAGAUCAGAGCCUUGUGGUGAACAACAACUGUGGUUUGGCGAAAAGCGAGAGUGAAAUGCUGGCUGAUAUCAAAGCUAAAGUUGAUUCCAUCGCUGCAAAGUCCAGCAAAGAACCGGUUUGUCCAGACGGUUGGGUACUUCAUGUAAACUCGUGUUUCCUCGUCAUCGACAUCCCAACCCUGGAGUGGAGCGACGCUCGACGAAAUUGCCAGAAGCUGGGAGGAGACCUCGCUAAAAUCACAUCAGCCUCUGAGAGUCAGUUCAUCUUUGAUCUCGUGAUCAAGCAGAAGAAAAUAACAGACCUUGGUGUAUGGCUUGGACUUCACCGAAAGGCAGAUAACAAGUUCUAUUGGGCAGAUGACACACUACUGGCGGGCUACAGUAACUGGCGAACACUGGCGAACCGAAUACCCUAGCAGAGAAAUGUGCGCACAUGUAUGGUA